ACCUGUCAUCCGGUGUUCACUAAUAAUAUAUUUUCUGUUGGUAUGAUCAAAAAUAUUGCCAUUGUCAGUGUUGUCUUUUGUGCAUUUGUCAGCACACAAAGAGCUCCGUCAACGGAAGUUAUUGAUAAAAUCCUCGGUAGUGCAGAAACAAAGACAAUAGAGCAGAUCAACAAAGAAAUUGACAAGUUAGUAGAAAAAUUGGAUGAAAAAACGAAACAGGAGCACAAGGCUUGGAAGUUGAGAGUGGAAAAAGAUGAAAGAGAACGAAAAUCUAGAAUAUUUAAAGUUUUACCAAAACUAUCGACACGAACACAACAAAAACUCAUCCGAAUAGUGAUGACACAACAGAAUCAAACACUUUCUGUUGGUGAAAAAGAACGAAUUCUGAGGCAUAUUUCGACUUCAAUGGAUAAUAAUACUAAAAAUGAGUUGGCAAGAUUUCUCUCCGACAAGGAUUUGUUUUCGUUAAUUUACUGAUUUAUUGUAUCAUUGAAUCAACUAUUAAAAACGUUUUGUACAUUUUUAUUGAAUUUGCCUAUUUAUUUUAUUAUAUUUUGCCUGAAUUUAAAUAAACAAGCUCUAAUU